AUGUCGAAGGGUGAAGGAAACGGUCGAAACGUUGGUAACGAGGACGGCGCAGAUAAUACGUUAGCAAUUAAGUGUGGUGGAUCAGUUCAUCAGGAUGAUAAUUGUUUAGGAAAACCUGAAGAAACACCACAAGUAAAUGAUUGUACAUCAUCUCAAAUGCAACCGAAUUGGAAAGAAUUAGUAGAAAGAGAAUUUCAGCCGCCAAACGGAAAGAAGGAUGGCUUCUCACGUAUUAUACAUUUCGAUGAAUCCGUUCACGUUGACAUUCCAACCUCACCGAAAACAGUUUCCGAUUCAUCUAACACAGAAAAAAGAGCGUGCCGUAUUUGUCAAUCGGAAACCGGCGAGCUUGUUCGGCCAUGUGCUUGUACCGGAACUAUGGGAGAUAUUCAUGAGCAUUGUCUAAACGAAUGGCUACUACGAUCCAACAAUGAUGAUCGAUGUGAGAUUUGUCAAGAACAAUAUUCAAAAUCCGGAAAUAUUUUGCAGCCUAUAUGGAAGUGGCAGAAACCACAAAUUGAAAUGACGAAUAUUGUUGAAUUAUCAUCAAUAAUUUGUUUAUCAAUAUGCUUGUGGUAUAUGAUAACGCUUACUAUUGAACGAGAAUUUUUUGAUCGGAUUUUUAUAGCUGGCUUACCACCACGUUCACCUGAUAUAGCACGUAUAC